UCUUCCUUGCAUGCCUUGUAUCUUUCUCGUUUCUUCCCUUGAUUUCAUUUCGUUCAUAUCUCAUAAUCCUCCGUUGCUCUUUCUAUCUUUUACUUCCUGGGGCAAUAAAUUCGAGAGCCAUGCCAUCCCGUGUGUUGGGGUUUUCGAUGUUCGAUGCAUAUCGAGUAACUCUCGGUACAGUUUGAGGACGGUGGGGGUAUGACUGAUGAAACGUGUGAAAGCAAGAUAUAUGUUGGCAAUAUUGAUCAAAGGGUUCCUGAGUCCAAUGUGAUCAAGAUGUUUUCCCCUUUUGGGAAGAUUAUAUCUGAAGAUUUUCUGUGGCACACCCGUGGUCCUAAACGUGGGGAACCACGUGGCUACGCCUUUAUCCAGUAUAGCGUGAAAGAGGAAGCUCUAUUGGCAAAAACAAAGAUGAAUGGUAGAUUUGUUUCUGGACGCCCUCUGGUCGUUCGUUUGGCCAGUGAGAAGCAUCUGGGAGACAUGGAAUCAAAGUUUGCCUGUGCUGAAACAAAAGCCAAUGAUGCACGCAGCAGCACGCUAGGGCAAAUGAAUCGGAAUGCCAAGAUCGCAGCGAUAAGGAAUAAAUUGAAGUCCCUCGAAGAACAAGGAGGUUGUGCGACGAAGAAACCAAGACUGCUAACUAAUUCCUUGCCUCCUGGCAACAAGGAUCAUUCUUUGACGGGAUAUCAAGAAUCAGACUGAUAGAGGUGUUGUAAACCUGUACAAAGAGUGAAUCAACCACCGUUACCUGAUCUGGGACACUGUUCUUUUCAGUGGUGAUGAUACUCUGGACGUUACUUCUUCGCUCUUACCACCACUUCUACAGCUGGUGGCGACUGAAAAAAUGGCUUGAUUUGCUUCACUCUGUAUACAUGAAUUUUCCAUCAUUUCAACUACUUAUUUCUUAUUA